AUGGAUCUUCCUGGAAGAAACCUAGCGGUUGAAGGUGGAUAUGUAGCUGCCCUUGUGGAAAUGGGGGAUGGUGUGGUCCUGAAAUUGGUAGAUGGAAGGCUAUGCUAUACAAACCCUAUUCAAAACAUUGCCCCAAUCUUGGAUAUGACAGUGGUGGAUUAUCGUGAUGAGAAGCAUGCAAGCUACACACCACACUACAAUGGCUGCUGUGUGCCUAAUACUCCACAUAAUGUGACACGCUACAUAGGCUCUACAGCGCAUGACACGCCACAACAGCUCUAUAUUGGGUGA